ACUAUGGUGCUCCAAGUAAACAAGAUGGAGGAAAUCGAAGUUCUAAAACGACAAAUUUACACCGAAUGAAAAAUAUAUGCUAUUUUGUUUGUUUCUGAAACUGUCAUGGAAAUUACAUAAUCAAUGUCUAUGCUGACGUGUAGAUAAUUUUCUUGUUAUUGUAUUAUGACAAUUUUUUCUUUACAAGCCAAGUAACCAUGAAGACUAAUAAGAACAGAGGGGUGACAUCUGCUGGGAAACUGCGAAACUACUUCAAGAUAAAUGUGAAAGUUGAAGCUACAGAAGAAACGUUUCGCCUCCCAGAAGUUUACAAUGAAAUGAAAGUCACAGAGCUGAAGAAUUACAUGGAAUUCAUUACUGGAAUUCCCUUUCAUCUCCAGAGAAUUAGUUACCUGGAUGAAGGUGACUUGCUGGAUAACACAGAUGUGCGGGCCAAUGACAUAGUGGUCGGAGCAACUCUUAUCAUGAAGAUUUGGUCGCAGUGGAGAGAGCUAAUCGAGGCGGUUGUCUUUAACGACAUUGAAUGGGUUUUCCAGCUGGGCGUCACCCAGGACACGGAGUACAAGACUCCGAACAGCGAGUACAUGCCGGCACGGGCUCGCAAACAGUGGGUGUCGUCGAGGGCGGAUCUUGCGAUGAUCGUCGCCGCACACCGCGGUCACACCGAGAUGGUCGCCAGGCUCAUCGACGAAGCUGGUGCGGAUGUGAAUGCGACAACCCCGAUGGGGCGUACAGCUCUUCACCUGGCUUCGUCGCGAGGAAAGGGUGACAUUAUCGACCUGUUGCUGGAGAAAGGAGGAAAUAUAGACGCAGAAGACAGUGAAGGUCACACUCCUCUGACGAUAGCCAACAAGUUUGGCCACAAGGUCUGUGAGCGACACCUGUUCCAGUUCCGGUGGCAGGGCCGCGCUAACAAGAUGGUCCCCUCGAAGCCGGUGCCUCUGAUGGCGCACCAGUAUUACGACUCAAAGCUCAAGGUGUGGAUGCGGGGAAGGCGGGCCCAGAUCUACUUCAGCAAGUUUCUCCCGCCGCAGGAGUAUGAGACGACCUGCUUCGACUCACCCAAACGAGGCGAGCACGUCGGGGUGAAGAAACGCGAGGAGUACCGCAAUAUGCUGGACGAGAAGGUCUGCGGAAUACGUGUCUCAGACGUCGACGACGGAGAGAGUGGAGACCAUUCUGUGGACGUAGAAAACGCCUCUGUAGAUAACCAAGCAUAUGCCAGAUUCAAGGAAACAGCUCGUCCUCCGACAUAUGAGGAAUGGCUUUCCAAAAUUACAGACAAAGAAAAGAAAAGUACAGAUGCGAAAAAGAAGGAAAAGAAAAUAGCAAAACAAGAGGAGGAACAAAAGAAACAAGAAGAACUCGACCGAGCGUCGACAUACGAGGCCUGGCUACAGCAGAAGGAAGUGGACAAGAAACGCCGAUCGCCGUCGGCAGGUGAUGUCCUGGCACACAUACCAACACCAUUACCUGAAGAAACUAUGCAUAAACGCGGCCUCGGGGCAUUGCGCUGUUACCUCCGAACUCUUGGCAAAGACCGGUCUGGACAGCCCUACGAGGAAUGGCUGGAUUUGAAAGAGAAAGAAAUUCUAAGAAGAUGAACUUGAAAGGGGAUGAAAAUUAAUUUUGUAUUACAAGCUUCUUCUUUCUUUUUUUUCUUUUUUUCACUUCUUUCAUUUUUUUCUUUAAGUCUAUAAGACCCACUUUUAGCCAUUUUUCCUAAUGGUUAUCAAGGCUUCAAAGUGGGAAGAAACAGAUGGUAUAUGCUGCUUAAAAUGCUCAAUUUACUUUCUGAUAAGCAGUUUUGCAAGUACAUUUUGCAUUUCAGUUUAUUUUUGACUGUUCCAGAUAUAAUCCAGAAAUCCCCUUUUUCAGGAAUAAUAAUAUGAAUCAUAAGUUUCUUACCAAGUUUGUCACCGAUCACCACAUUGCUGCUGGAAAAAGUUACACUCUGUCUAAUUAGGAGUCUUUCAUUGUGCCAGUAAACAAACGUUUAUUUCCUUGACAGCUGUUGAACAAAGCAGCAUCUGUGUCUUUAACAAUAAGUUUCUGGCCAUCUGCCUCCGAGUGGCAGUUACUGCUAGAAUUUCACAUUGUCAAUUUUGGGGCUUUUUAUCUAAUUUCAAUUCCUUUAUUUCUAUUUUUUAGCAAAAAAACUUUUUCCUCAUAAAGUAGAUUGGAUUUGAUUUAAAAUCCCUAUUAAUUGCCAGGCCUCUAAUUGAAUUUUUAUAUGCCCGUCUAUGAUUGGUCAUAUUAUGGUAUCACGCUGUCUGUCCGUCCACUGUCCGUUUGUUAACUUUUUCUUGUCCGGACCAUAUCUUGCAUACAGAUGCAU